CGGCGGACCAUCAUGCACCUCUUCUUGCUGCUGAUCCUUCAAGCCACAGCAGCUUUCGGACAGAUUGACCCCGCACACUGUCGCUAUGCCUUGGGCAUGGAGGAUGGACGGAUUAAAGAUGAUGACAUCACAGCAUCCAGCCAAUGGUACGAGACCACGGGACCACAGUACGCCAGGUUGAAUUGUGAGGAGGGAGACGGCGCCUGGUGUCCUGAGGGACAGCUGGAGCCUUCAGACAGCCAGUACCUGCAGGUGGAUCUGGGCAGGCUGACUUUCCUGACGGUGGUCGGGACUCAGGGACGAUAUGCCAGGAACUCUGGGAACGAGUUUGCCCGAGCUUACCGCCUCAAUUACAGCAGGGACGGCCUGCUGUGGAAGUCCUGGAAGAACCGGCUGGGAAAUGCGGUGAUAGAGGGCAACAAAAAUGCCUACGCCUCUGUCAUCAACGAUCUUCACCCUCCGAUCGUCACCCGCUACAUCCGGCUGAUCCCGGUCACCAAAGUGUCGACCACCGUCUGCAUGAGAGUGGAGCUGUACGGCUGUCCGUGGGAGGACGGUCUGAUCUCCUACAGCGCUCCGGAGGGUCAGCUCAUGAUGCCGCCUGGUUACCCCAUCGCCAGCCUCAACGACUCCACGUAUGACGGAGUACAUGAGAGGAGGAGGCUGUUCGGCGGGAUGGGUCAGCUCACGGACGGUGUGAUCGGCCUGGACGACUUCCUGCUGACGCGUCAGCACAACGUGUGGCCGGGCUACGACUACCUGGGCUGGAGGAACGACUCGCUGGGAACUCAGGGUUACGUGGAGAUGGAGUUUGUCUUUGACAAGCAGAGGAACUUCACUUCUUUGAAGGUUCACAGUAACAACAUGUUCUCCCGCGGUGUGAAGAUCUUCUCCUCCGUCUCUUGUUGGUUUAAGCCCCGCCUCAUUGCCGGCUGGGAGGCGGAGCCUGUGACGUUCAACACGGUGCUGGAUGACAGGAACCCGAGCGCCCGCUACGUCACUGUGCCCCUGAAGCGCCGCGCCGCCAAAUCCCUCCGCUGCCGCUUUUACUUCGCUGAUGUCUGGAUGAUGUUCAGCGAGGUCUCCUUUCAGUCUGAGGACACCGUACUCCCGACCCAGAAUACCGUGGUCCGAGGAGAGCACCAUGAAAACCACACCAUGACAACCACACCUAAGACUGCAGCCAGUCCAUCAGCCAGUGACCCGCCAGAUGACGGCAACACGCCCAUUCUGAUUGGCUGCCUGGUGACCAUCAUCCUGCUGUUGGUCAUCAUCAUCUUCCUCAUCCUGUGGUGCCAGUACGUCUGUAAGGUGCUGGAGAAGGCUCCACGUCGGAUCCUUGAUGAGGAGGUGACAGUUCGGCUAUCGUCCUGCAGUGACACCAUUAUCCUCCAGACCCCCCCUGUCCCUCCCCGCUCCGGCCACGCGCCUACAGGCCCCCCCAACACUGACCCUCACUAUGAGAGAGUUUUCCUGUUGGACCCACAGUACCAGAACCCGGCGGUGCUGAGAAACAAGCUGCCUGAGCUGUCACAGAGUGCAGAGGCGUCUGCUCUCCUCCUCGGCAAUCCUCUCUAUGACCUCCUCCUGCUGACUUCCUGUCACAUGACGUCAGGCUGGCUGCGUGCAUGUGGAGGAGGCUACGCCGAGCCUGACGUCACCCAGUGCACUCCGCACCAGUGUUUCCAUAGCAACGCUCCGCACUAUGCUGAGACAGACAUCGUGCGGCUGCAGGGCGUCACCGGCAGCAACAUGUACGCCGUGCCCGCCCUCACCGUGGACUCACUCACCAGGAAGGACAUCUCUGCCGCUGAGUUCCCAAGGCAACAGCUGAUCUUCAGGGAGAAGCUGGGGGAGGGGCAAUUUGGAGAGGUCCACCUGUGUGAGGCCGAGGGACUCCCAGAAUUCCUUGGAGAGGGGUCACCGCUCCCUGACAGAGAUGGUCGUUCUGUACUGGUGGCUGUUAAACAGCUGAGGGCCGAUGCUACCAGCCAAGCCAGGAACGACUUUCUGAAGGAAAUAAAGAUCAUGUCUCGUCUGAACGACCCCAACAUCAUCCGGCUGCUGUGUGUGUGUGUGUCGUCCGACCCGCUGUGCAUGGUGACGGAAUACAUGGAGAACGGAGACCUCAACAUGUUCCUGUCGCAGCGGGAGAUCGAGAGCACGCUGACCCACGCCAACAACAUCCCUUCAGUCAGUCUAUCCGACCUCCUCCACAUGUCGGUGCAGAUUUCGUCAGGGAUGAAGUACCUGGCGUCUCUGAACUUCGUGCACCGCGACUUGGCCACCAGGAACUGCCUGCUGGACCGCCGCCUCACCAUCAAGAUUGCUGACUUUGGGAUGAGCCGAAACCUGUACAGCAGCGACUACUACCGCAUCCAGGGCAGGGCGGUGCUGCCCAUACGAUGGAUGGCCUGGGAGAGCAUCCUGCUGGGUAAGUUCACCACGGCCAGCGAUGUGUGGGCGUUUGGCGUCACCCUGUGGGAGAUCUUCACUCUGUGUAAGGAGCAACCCUACAGCCUGCUGUCUGACGAACAGGUCAUAGAGAACACUGGCGAGUUCUUCAGGAACCAGGGCAGACAGAUCUUCCUCUACGGCCCUCCGCUCUGCCCACCUUCUCUCUUCGAGCUGAUGAUGCGUUGCUGGAGUCGCGACAUAUCUGACCGACCCACCUUCGAGGGACUCUACCAAGCCCUGAGGCCCCAUGUCAACCAGUGAGCUGAGGCUUGCUGGGAUGUACCACUGAGGCUUUCUUAGGCGGCGGAUUUGUCCCUCUCUGGACUCCUGUAAGAUGACAGACUGACAAGAGAAGACAAGAAGACUGGAACUGCGUUACACGAGUAAGUCACUGUCGGAGGGAAUGAAGAAACUGGCAAAGCUGUGGUCAGAAGUUGGGUUCGCAUUGUGGUAACAGCAGCAAUCUGUUCUGAGAGAUGGAGACGGAAGAGGAAAAGGGUGGUCACCUCAGAGGAGAAACUGUCUGGGGUCCAAACCUUUCAGUUGUUAGUGAACAAAGAUUUCUAAGUUUUUCAAAUGUUUCUAUCAUUGCAGAUUUCAUCCAUCUCUUUAAAGUCCCUUUGCUGAAAACAUCUAAUCGGACCUUUCAAUAUAUUUUCUUUUCAUGUUGUUAUGGUGCCAAAGGUGCCGUAAACAUUAUUUUCUUCCUCCCUUUGGCUUUUAAUUAUGCCAAAAACUGGAUAGACUCUUCAGUCUUGGUAGUUUCUCUGGUUCAUGUGUUUUUUUGUAUUAUUGUUGUAAAGCACUGUCUGUGUCUCUCAGUUAUUCAUGUUCAUAUAUUAUCCCACACUGGAGCUAGGACUGGGGUGAAAUUGUAGUAUUUGUUUUAUUUUUAGAUUUUUAUUCUAUUUUAUUUUUCUUGUUUUACAGUAUUUCACUUUUGUUGGUCUUUUUUGUGGAUAUGAAUGUUGUUCAGCUGAGGUUCACAUCACUGUGCGAAGAGGCUGUGUUGAAACCUGUGUGGUUCACAGACUGAAAAUCAGUCAGUGGGUAACUAAUUGUGGGUAAUUAAGGAAAUAAUGGAAGGAACCAAAUAAGAAAAAAGCGUUGGUCCUUUUUUUGGCAAUUGCCAAAGAGAUAUAAAGAGUGUAAGUGAUAAAACAUUUAAAGUGCCUUACAUACGUAGCAUGAGUAAUGGAAAUUUAACAUGGGUAGGCUACUGCUAGCAGGAAGAGUAAUCAUCUAAGUAUCUAAUGCAAAUAUCUAAUGUCAAGGUAUCACUUUACCUGUGUUUGUGCUGGGGCCUAUAAAAUGUAUGUGAAUUGUGUAUAUGUCUAUGUGGCAGGCCGUAGACCUGUAGGUGUAUAUUUGUUGUCUCCAUUAGCCCUUUUCUGCCUUGUUGGAGUUAGUUGACAUUUUGGUCUGUAGUUUCGUCACUGGAAUAAGAAAACAGUGAAACAAAUGACAACCUGUUCAAAUUAAAAUUAAACUAUUUACCAAACAGAAACUGAGCCUAAAACUAGGAAAUAGAUUUUUGCUAAUAACCCAUCGUGCUGUUAACUGACUAAAACGCUAGCAAGAUAAUAUGUUGUUGUUAUACUAGGUUCAGCUUAUAGUUCUAAAGAAAGACACUGUAGAUUCGGAUGUGUAGAUGAUAGUUAGCUAACUGACAAAAUAAAUAGCUUGCUAGCUUUCUGUUAGAUGAAGUACAGCUUAAGGAAAAGCUAUAUGGAAGCUAACUUCCUUCUUUACUUGCUGUCUAACAAAAAAAUCUAUCUUACGUUUAAAUCAGGUUUGGCUUCAUUCAAAUAACUGUGGCGAUGUUGCUUAGCUUUUUGCACAGCUAACUGCAUAAUCACCUAAUUUGUCUUGUUUUUGCCUAGUUUGACAGUGUUAUGACUAAUCUAGGUCUGGUAUGAUUUUAAAGACACAGCUGCCAAUCAGAUGGCAUCCAGGUAAAAUUUCAGCAAGUGGAGACAAGAUACAACAUCUACAUUUUGGGCCAUACGUAGGAGAACUAUUGUGCAAUGCACAUUACAAAGCCACAUGUGGCACUCUAAGCUGACAGCCAACGAGCCACUAGAGAAUGAGGAUGAGCAUAAACACCUUGGAGAGAUGGCGCCAUCGGACAAAUCCCACCUCUCACUACAUUAACAAGCCAAUCCCUGCAGGCAAUCCUAAUGCCCUCAAAAAAAUCUACAAAAUAUUGAUUCCUAUAUGCUAGGGAUGAUGAUGUCGACGGUGAUGAUGUGAAGUUUUCCAUACAUGUACUGAAUCAUUUAAAAAAAGUAAAGGUGAUUGGUCAACAUUGCAACUGGAUUUAUGUAUGUUCUUACCGUCGGAUCUCUAAAGGGCUGGUCACAAACGGCAAACCAGGUGGAGUAAUUUGAAUCGCCCUUAGAACAAAUUAAUCAAAAUGCAAAAUGGGGCAAGUACAAAUCAACAUCACCUUCACAGGAAAGAGGGGAGAAGACCAAAUAUGUUUAGUUUGAAUGCAUCUUUCAGUGUUUUUGUUGUUACAGUAGUGUUUUGUUAUCUGUACUGUAUCUUAACACUUGUUGUGUUUACUUGUUUAUGUGUUUCUGUGGUAGAAAAUGGGUUUUGUGAAUGAGUGUUUGACAUUCCUUUGAGCACUGGGAGCUAGUUGGGAUUAAAGUGGUUAACGAGAGUUGCUCUGAUGUGCCGAACGUUGUGAUCAAAUGAGGGAGGGAGGAUUUAUUUUUUUUUUAACGAAAAAGAAGGAAAAAGAUAGAAAGUAAGGAAACCACUAAACUCAAUCUCCCAGAGUCCUUUGCUACAGUGAGCCUGUGUAUUUUGUUCUGGUUCCAUUAGAGAGAGAGAUUAGUCUUUUAGUUUGAUAAUGUACAGUAUAAGUGAUCUAUAUUAUCUCAGUGUGUGAAUGCAGAUUAGGUGUGAUAAUUGUUAUUGAUAAUUGAUCAUCUAUCAAUUUAUAGUAGCUAUUUCUCUGAUUAUUUGUAUUCUGGGAAGGUGUUGGGUUUUGUUUUUUUUUUUUCCAACAGGAAUUCAGUUUUGAAUAUUUCUAACAGAGAUGUCCUGUUUCAGACAUGUAUUGUACAUAGGCUAGUAGCUGUGUAUAUUAAUAUAUUGGGAGGAACUUUGUUCUGUCAUCCCAAGUAUUUUUCACUCUGUAUCCUCCCAGUUUGGUUUUCUUAUAAUAAACAGUAAAAUUUGUCAAAAA